GCGUCACUGCUGGCAAUGUGGUAAUCACUACAUCCCACUCUUUCACUGUGUGGCUCACUUCAGCUUGUCUGCGAUCUGACAUCCCAGACCUGUGGUCAAGUGCAGUGUUGAGGAGAUCCCAUAAAGGCGACAUAAAAUCAGGAUGCUGUUUGUCUUUCUAUCAUCUGCUGUGUUCCUCUUCAACAUUGGGACAUGCACUGCAGCGCAAUCUGAUCUGAGAAUUACGACAAUCCUGCAAGAGCCUUACACGAUGUCCAAAGGCUCACAACUGGAAGGCUUCUGCAUGGACCUCCUGUCAGAAGUUGCCAAGAAGCUGGACUUCAGGUACAAGGUGCAUCUGGUGAAGGACGCCUCGUACGGCAGACAGGAUGACAACGGACACUGGAACGGGAUGGUUGGCGAAGUGGUGCGAGGGGAGGCCGACUUGGCGAUCGCCCCGCUGACACUCACCGCGGCUCGGGAAAAGGCGGUAGGUAUGAGCAAACCCUUCAUGCAGACAGGAAUAAGCAUCCUGCUGAGGAAGGGCAUCUCUGAGGGCACGGGGUUCUUUGAUUUCCUCACUCCCUUUUCGGCCGAGACCUGGGCCGGUAUCAUCAUUGCCUACCUGGUAACUGCUGCCUGCAUCUCUAUAGUGGCCAGAGCUAGUCCGAGUGAGUGGCGUCAACCUCAGAGCGAGCGGAACACAUUCAGCUUCCCACACAGCCUGUGGUAUGCCGCUGGGGCGCUAACGCUACAAGGUGCUGGUCCGCACCCCCGCGCUCUCUCCGGACGCGUCGUCUGCUGCAGCUGGUGGCUAUUUGCCGUGGCGAUCCUGGCUUGUUAUUUCUCCAACCUCAGCUCGUCCAAAAGCCCCGAGUCCACUCAGCUGAGUGUGAAAGGCUUCGAGGACUUGGCAAAUCAGGACAUCAUCGAAUAUGGCUGCCUGAGUGCCUCUUCCACGCUGGCCUUCUUCAAGAAUUCAGACAACCCGGUGUAUCGUAGGGUCUACGAGCACAUGGAGAGAAGUAAAAGUCUGGUAUCAUCCAUGGAUGAAGGCAUCCAACGUGCAAAGGAGGGCAACUUUGCCUUCAUCGGGGAGUCGGUGUCUCUGGACUUGGCAGUGGCACGCCACUGCGACCUGGUCAGAGCGCAUGAGGUGGUCGGCAUGAGGGGAUACAGCAUUGCUGCCACACUUGGAUCUCCAAUCAUAAAGAACCUGAGCGUGGCCAUCCUGCAGCUGAGCGAGGCGGGCGAGCUGGCUUAUCUGCAGAGCAAAUGGUGGGCCAGCAGCUGCAUGGCGGACAAGGCCAAGGCGACAGCUGUGCAGCCUCACAGUCUCAAGGGGAUGUUCGCAGUGCUUGCGCUGGGCCUGACACUGGGAACACUGCUGGCCGUCCUGGAGCUCGCAUCCAGGAGUCGCAGCAGCGCGGCAGAGCAGAAGAAAUCCUUCUGCCGGGUUCUGACCGAAGAGUUCAGCUUGCGUUUCAGGAACAACAACAACAACAACAACAGUCCAACAAAGCGAGCUCAAGAGCCUGCCGAUAAAGAAACAGAAAAGGCAUAGAAUCAUUCUUCACCCACUGACAAUUGGCCAUUUAUGAUGGCCUAUAACUCUUUUAAAAAGUCUUACAUUUACAAUGAUAACCCUCUACAAAUAAUACAAAUAAACCAUUAACAACUGUAACUGUGAACUGAAAUAAAAGCCAACUUAGCAUAAAACUUUGUGUAAACAAUUGAGCAGAAUGCUGCUACAAAUACAUUUUAAGGAAGCUUAAAAUAAAUACAAACUGUG